AUGUCUUCAUACUUAUUACUAGUUUCUGAGGAGAAGUUUGGAGCUUCAGGAAAUGCUGACUAUAAAGCAAGAUGGCUUUAGUGGAAAAUAACAGAUCCCCAAAAUAUCGAAAUAAGCAAGGACUAUCUCCUCAAUUAGUAGCCAGGAAAUCCUGCUUCUUCAGGUGGAAAUGAUGAUUGCCAAUCUUACAGGACAGCUAUUGAGGAGGAAGUGAGUUAAAAUUACUACAAAACAAUGUCAGAAAAGAGUCUCCGAUUAAAUCACCUGAAUCAGUCUGAAAAUGAAGCAAAUCAAAGCAUCAAUGAUAUUCUCAAAGAAAAGAACAACAUCAUAGAUAUAUUAAAACAAGAAAAGCAAUACUACAAAGAUUAGUUAUCUAAUCAAAAUAAGUUUAAUAACACUUAAAAAUAGACAAGCAGUAAUAAUAGCAAUAUUGAUGAGCAAAUUAACUGCUAAAUGGUUGAAAGAUUGAGAAAGUAAAUUGAAGAUGAAUUCCAGCAAACAAUCAAAAGGUAAUAAGAAAUUAUAGAACAGCAAGUUGGCUAUAUUCAAUCUUACGAUAAUAAACUAAUUGAAGCUCAGGAGGAAAUCGACUCCUUGAAGGACAAAAUGGGGCAAAUGAUUAAAGAAUAAGAGAAACUGCUAAAUUAAACUUAAAAAAGUCCCACUAAAAAUGACACAAUGCACUAAGACAUUGCUUAGAUCUAAAUGAUUGAGCAGCUAGUCAAAGAUAAAAAUAGACUUACGCUAGAAAUUCUAUAGCUAAAAGAGAACAACCAAGCUUUCAAGGAAAUGACGGGAUCUCCGAAAGCUGAGGACUCGACUUUCAAAUUCUAUGAGCUUUUCACUCAAAGUUUAGCUACUCAAGCUAAAAAUGAUAAAUUAGAAUAAACUUUCUCAGAAUUGGAUAUAGUCUUUAAUCACGCUGAAAAUAAUGAUAAGGUAGUGCUGGAUGAAUUAAGAAGAUUGAGUAAUCAUACUCUUUAGUAGAUAUUUGACUUAUAAAAGGAACUCACUUAGUAUAGAGCUCUAGACGGUAUGUCAUCAUAAUUGGUGAAACUACUUAAAAAGUCUGCUGAGAAAAACAGCAAACGCCAUACUGCAGGAGGUAUCUUAUCUCUUGAGGAAUAAGUUAUGGAACUUAACAGCAAGCUAAAAGAACAAGAUAAGCAACUAAGAUAAAAAGAGAAAAAAGUGCUCAAAAAGCCUUCUGCUAUUGGACUUAGAAAAUCAGUGAAGGAACAAUCAUAGAUUGGAGAUGAUGAGUUAAAUAACACCCAAAAGCUUUUUAUUAAAUCUGGUGAUCAAUUAAAGCAAGAUUAUCUUAAUUUAGAAGUUUAGUACUAAGAUGUCUGCUAAAAUUUAAACAAAGCACUUGACAAGAUAUAUGAAUAGGAUGAGAUGCUUCAAGUAAUUGAAAAAGAAUAAACCUUGUAAAAAUUGGAGUACAAUCAGUUAAAGCAAGAAUACGAUAGAAAUAGGAACGAAAAGUCGAUCUCUUAAUCAUCUUAUGGUGAGCUUUAACUCUAAUAUGAUCGAUUAAUGGAGGAUAAGCAUAUCUAUGAAGAGAACUUGAAGAAACUUAAUGACUAGAUUCAAGAAAUAAUGGUAGUGAUCGAGGAAUACUAGGAUAAGAUAGAAAAAUUGGAGUAGGAAAACGAGUAAUACUAAGAUAAGGCAAACAAAGUAGGUAAAAUCAAUGAAGAAUUGAGGGGACUAGUGGAUUAAGAGAGAAAUUCAUAUCAAAACGAGAAGCAAAAGAAUGAGGAUACUAUUCAAAAUUUAAUCUCAACCUAGGAUAGUAAAAUGAAGCUAAUUAAAAAUAAACUCAUGAACUUUAUUCAAGCAGAGCUCAGAAGUGAAGAGUUCAAGAAUUCGAUUUGCGGUGAAUCAAUGACUUUUGAUGAAAUACUUACUAAAAUAAGCGAAUUAUUGCAGUUUUAUAGAGAUAAGAUAAAUAAUACAGUAGAUGGAGGGUUCUUGAAUAAUACGGCAUUUUAGAUGUUUAAUAAUACAAAUACCAAAAGUAGAGAUAUUAGUCCAAUAAAACCAGUUCUUGAUAGAUCCGGUUUUGUUGCUUAAAGCAAUGAUGCAGCUGAGGUAUUAAAUGUUUCAUCUAAAAAUGUUACCAGCAAUUUUCCUUAGAAUCUUAGAAGUCGUGAAACUUCUUUAGAAAAUAAAAAUUCAAGAUAUAAUGAUUAUUAAAAUUCUGCAAACAGAACCCCAGCGAGAUACUCUAAGCCAUAAAACUUCUACGAGAAUCUUAAUUCAGUAACAUAAGGAAAGAUAAUUGGAGGAAGAAAUGAGAACUCUAAGUUAGCGUUAGAACAAAAUUACAACACAGACUAGAUAUAGGACUAUGCCACUAGAUUCAUUCAAGAAAAGGAAGCUCAACGAGAAAUGUCAAAUCCAAGAUUAUAAAAUUACAUGUAAAAUCAUCACUAAUAGGAUUAUAUUCCCUCAACCUCAGUUCAUAGCACCCAAAACAGUAACAUGAAUAGCUUGAGUAAAAAUCAUUACAAUUAUACCUAAUAAGGUAAAAACUCGCAGAGUAAUGGGAAUAGAUCUAUUCCUCACACCCUAACUCCAAGCAAACUUCAUACAAUCAGAACAAUCAAUCAAACUCAGAAUUACAAAAAAGCUAACUAUAGUGAGAAUCCAACACCAAAUCAAGCCUAAAAGCUCUAAUCUUAAAAUAACCAUAGCAACUUUAAUAAUACUUAACCUUUUACUUUGAAUAGAGAUAGCUAAUCAAACUACAGAUCUACUAUUAAUCAAACUCAGAUUAGAUCUCCAGAAAAGGAUGGAUUUAGACUUAAUAUGCAAAAAUCAGAGAUAAUCCCAUAGCCAGAGUCUAGCUCAAAGCGUGAGGAUAAUAUAGAGAGGAAAAAGUCAAUCAAUGACAUUCUAAGUAACUUCAAAAAGGAGAAAGAACACUUUAACGAGAAAUUGUCAAUGUUGAAGUCAAAACUAGAAUAAGUAAGGUCUCCAGAGCCAAAUAACCUAAAUAGCAUAUAACAUAAGUAAGUCUUUUAUAAUGCUAAAAUUUUAAAUAGACAAGCUAAUAAUCUAUUUGUAAAUAAUCAAUGUGUUGAAAACAGCUAUGGGGUAGCGAGACAAGAAAGUUAAACCAUUGAAAAUAGAAGAUCUAAGACAGCAGAAAGAUACAUGCAAUUCAAAUGA